UUGAGUAUAGUUGGUGUGUGAUAGGGUUGUGUUUGUUGGUGGUAGUUUGGUGAAGGCUCUAUUGGUAAAAUGGCUUCCCAGGUUUGUCAAAACUAUCACCAGGAUUGUGAAGCUGCUGUCAACAAGCAGAUUAACCUGGAGCUCACUGCCUCCUAUCUCUAUCAGUCUUUGAUGUCGUACUUUGACCGGGAUGAUGUUGCCCUGCAUCAUUUCUCUCAGUUCUUCAAAGCUCAGUCCCAGGAGAAGCAGGAACAUGCAGAGAAGCUGCUGAAAUUCCAGAAUCAGCGUGGAGGCAGAGUCUUCCUCCAGGAUGUGAAGAAGCCAGAGAGGGAUGAGUGGGGUAAUGGUCUGCAGGCGAUGCAGGUUGCCCUGGAUCUGGAGAAGAAUGUGAACCAGAGUUUGCUGGAUCUACACCAACUUGCCACUGCCCAGACUGACCCUCAUCUGUGUGACUUCCUGGAGACUCACUAUUUGGAUGAGGAGGUUGAGAUCAUCAAGCGACUUGGGGACUACAUCACCAACCUGAAGCGUCUGGGAGCUCCUGAGAAUGGGCUGGGAGAGUACCUGUUUGACAGGCUCUCGCUGGAGGACAGCAGUUAGUGGGACAUGGGGUACGGU